AUGGUUUGUAAAGGUAGAAGUGGAUUCAAGUUUGAAGACACUUGGUUGUCCUUCAAGACAGCGGAACAUAUUGUUUCUAGUAGAUGGAAGAGAACUUUCUUGGGAGAUGAUAUGGAGGUUCUUAACAAAAAGAGCAAAAGAACUAUAAAAGAUUUAUUUUACUGGAGUAAGGCUAGACUGAAGGAUUUCUCCUUGGAGAAAGACAUACUGAAAGCCGAGAUUAUAAAUUUGCAAGAAGAAGAAUCUAAAUGUGGUUGGUUGACUGAUGAGAAGCUUUGGUUACUUAAAGCUAAGGAUAAAGAACUUAAUGUGGUUCUUAAUAAUCUUAACACGUGGUGGAAGCAAAGGGCAAAAGCUAAGUGGAUCAAAGAUGGUGAUGCAAAUACCAAAUUCUUCCAUUCCUUUGCCAAUUCUAGGAGGAAUGUUAAUCGGAUUUCCCAAGUUAAGGACUCUAAUGGGAUAAUGACUGAAGACCCGAAAGAGAUUGAGGAGGUUUUCAGGAAGGAAGUGUUGAACAAAGAUUUGGAAGUUGCUGAAAUUAAAGUUGUUAUAAUCAAUCUGGGUAGUAAUAAAUCUCCAGGCUAUGAUGGAAUUACUAAUUCCUUCUUUAAAGCUUUUUGGAAUACUAUUCGAAUGGAUGUGGUGAGAGCUGUACAACAAUUUUUUGCCACUGGUUUAAUGAAUAAAGAUUGGAAAGACACCUUAGUUGUGCUCAUUCCUAAAUCUCCUAAUCCCAGUACUCCUUCGACUUACCGUCCUAUAAGCUUAUGCAAUUUAAUUUAUAAAAUUAUUGCUAAAGUUUUAUUGAACAUAAUGUUGGGAGUCAUGCGCAGGAUCAUUUCUGAGGAGCAAGCGACUUUCGUAAGAGGAAGGGCAAUCUCUGAUCAUCUUCUUCUGGCUCAGAAGGUUUUUAACAAAAUGAGAUUUUCCAAGGCUUGCAAUGGUUUCUUGGCUUUUAAAGUGGAUAUGGAGCAAGCAUAUGAUAGCAUGUGCUGGUCUACUUUGGAGAAAAUAAUGCUUGAAUUGGGAUUCCCUUCAAGGAGGGGUUCUGAUGUGGGUAUUAGGAUCUCUUCUAAUACCCAUAAGAUUUCUCACCUCUUAUUUGCAGAUGAUAUUCUAGUGUUUUUGGAAGCCAAAUUGAAUGUCAUGAAAAAGGUUAGAGAGAUUAUGAAGAAUUACUGUAAGUGGACUGGUCAAAAUAUCAAUUACCACAAAUCUUCCUUGGUUUGUGGUAGCUCGGUGGAUAGAAGGAGAAGAAUACAGAUUUCCAAAUUUAUGGGUAUCAAGUUGGUUAAUGAAUUUGAGUAUGUGGGCAUCAAAUUGGCAUUGAGACAGUUAAGGAAGGAGGACUUUCAGGUUUUAUUGGACAAGUCCAGUAAAAGAAUUAAUGCUUGGGGGAAUAAAUUUGUUUCCUUAGCCGGUAGACUGGUUUUAAUUAAAUCAGUUACUCUUUCUCUUUCAUUUUUUGUUAUGUCUCAUUCUAUGAUUCCAAUGAAGAUGCUGAUGGAAUUUGAGAAAAUAUGUAGAGAUUUCAUCUGGAACAAAUUUGAUGGCAAAAGGGGUAUUCAUUAUGUAGCAUGGGAACAAAUUUGUAAGCCUAAACAGUUUGGUGGCUGGGAUGUACAUUCUGUUGUGGCUAGGAGGAAUGCCAUGAGAGCAAAGUUUGCUUGGAAAUUAAUUGAUAAACAUGAGUCACUGUUGAGCAGUCAUCUUAUUGCUAAAUAUGGUGUUAAUUGGUGGAGCUAUGGGCUGAGUAGGAGCAGUUCCUCUACGUGGAAGAUAAUGUCAUCAGGAUGGAAUGCACUCAAGGAUCAUGUUAGAUGGAGAAUUGGUGAUGGUUCCAAAAUUAAAGUGUUGAAGGAUACCUGGAUUUUAGAUAAGUACUUACUCAAAUGGCUAACGUUUGUGGGUUGUUUUGAAGAUGAGGAUGUUUCUCUGGACAGUUUCAUUUCAGAUGGCUACUGGGACAGUGAAAAACUGUUUAUGUUCUUUAGGACAGAUCUUAUUAAUCUCAUUUGUGAAGUUAAGAUUGAUCCUUAUUUGCAGGAGGAUUGUAUGGAAUUGAAACAUAAGAUGUCUGGUAAGUCAUUAUCUGCAUUAAUUAUGCAAGAUAACUUCAAAAACCUUGAAGAAGUGAUGCCAUUAAGAUGGGUUUAUAAAUUGGGCUUAAAUGCAAGAGUGGAGGUCUUUAUUUGGAGAAUGUUUACGGAUGCUCUUCCAUCAGGUGAUUUCUUAUUUAGGAUGAAACUUGCUGAUGAUUCUUGUUGCCCAAUGGGAUAUGGAAUUGUGGAGGAUGUCAAUCAUAUUUCAUCCAGAUGCUAUAAACUCAGGAAAGUGCUGUAUGUGAAGAGAGGAUGGGGAUUCCAGGUUCAAGUUUUUAAUGGAUGGGAGGACUCCUGGAAUAGUCUUCAGAAGGUCAAAGAUGGGAAUAUGAUGAUGGAUAAACAGCAUCUUGUUCAAUCAAAGAACUGGGUUGUCAAUCAGUCCCUUGGACUGUCUUUAAGUAAAUGGCAACCUCCUCCACUUGAUUGGAUUAAGAUUAACCUUGAUGCUUCACUUAAAGGGAAUUAUGAGGCAGGUAUUGGCGGUAUUGUAAGGGAUUGUAAAGGAAGGUUUCUUCUUGCUUUUGGGAGAAAGAAAAUGCAUUGGGACAUUGCCCAGCUGGAGUUAUCCGCUGUUUUAGCUCUAACAGAUAAUAUACGUGACAGAUUUGAUGAUGUUGGAGGCAUUAUAGUAGAAGGGGACAAUAAAAAUGUUAUAGAAAUUCAUCACAAAAUGCACAGUAUACCGAAGAAUGUGGAUAGGAGAUUGGAUCUUGAAGAUUCUUCAUUUCUUAACAAGUUUGGAAUGGGUUUCAAAACCCUCAAGGUGUUUGUUAAUGGGGAAAUAAAUGUUAACCUCAUCACUAAGGGCGAUAAUGGCAUCAUUCUAGUUGAGAUAAUAGUCAGGGUGGGGACUGACCCCCCUUUUCCAAAAAAGGAGGUUACUGUCGCCCAUAUACCUAUUGUAUCCUUUAGGGAGGAUGAGCAGUUGAAGUCUAUUAUAGAUCAUGCAGUCAAGUCUGUGUUCGAGAAGGGGUCAAGUUCUGAGAUCCCCUUCACAAACCAAGAAUCAACGGAAGAAUUACCUAAGAAGAGUUAG